AUGGCAAGUUACAAUGAAAAUCCCUUCGCUGGAGACUCAGAAAAUCCAUUCGCCGUAAGUUAUUAUGACCGAAAGACCUUCCUCUUUCGUGACUUACUUCUGAGAUCGAGUGACCAAGCUCGUUUAAAAAUUUCUCUUGUAUAUUUCAGGAUCCUUCAGUGGCCUCGCACACCAGUAAUGCGGCUCGUGGACUUGAAGACUUCAAUCCCUUUGCAGAACAAAAUACUUCACAAGCAAGCGGUGCUGCAAAGGUUCUUCAUAUGUUUGUUUUUAUUUCCCGUUUGUAGGUCUUUCGUACCACCAGUGAUCAUUAAAUGAUCAUAGUGUAAUAAUGUACCUAGGAUCUCAAAAACACAGCAAAUGUGCCUGCUAGGAGUAAUUGUCAUCGUAUACGCCUUUUUUGCAUUGAUUAUAGUCUUGGAACUUCGAAAUUAAGCUUACGUAAAAUAAGCAUACCUGAAAUUAUUUUGCUCUUUACUCUUCCAUAUCUUUCUUCACUCAAAUUUUGCUGAAUAUCUGUUAUAAUGAUAAACUAUAUAGCCUAAAUUAUUCUAGAAUAGAAAAUGCGAGCUUAUCUAAACUAACUGUGAACAUGUGCUUCAUUUAAUUAAGGAAGCUUGAUCGCAAAUUGAUAGAGAUCUUUCGGUCUCUGGAUUAUAUUCUCAAUAAUAUAUUAUAUAGAUUAAGGCCCCCGAGAUCUAUGGCAGAUGCAUCAUAUAUAUUGUGCCCAUUGUUCGUUUAAUCUAGAUGAUUAACCUCAUAACCGUAAACAUUGGGCUGUGUUCUAUGGUACACGGUGGAUGACAUGUAUCUUACCUAUUGAAAAUAAGCUGUUUUUUGAAUAUUAUUUUGCAAAAUACACCUGUUUGAUAAAUAAAGAAAGUGUUCAGUACAAAACUGGGACUGGGCAGGGAAAGCUCUCAUGAAGAAUAAAAAUGUUAUCGAUUUUUUCAGAUUAUGCUGUCUCAAGAUUGCUUGUCUCAACAUUGCUUGAACUCCUCAAGGACAAAUUCACUCUUUUGUAGAAAAACUCAAAGACAGAUGUUUUUGUUGGUUUUUACCCACUAUAUUUGUUCGCCUCAAAGGGACGCCAACAUGGCAUCUCCAUAUAAAGCCUUAUAAAUUUGUGUAACACAUUAUUCCAAGUAUCUCGCAUAUGAAAUAUUGCAUAGACCUGAUUCUUAGCAAUGCUGUUUUCAAAUUUAUCUUCUCUCAUUUCCCAUCUUCUGAACUUUCUGUCAAGGCUCAAAAUAACGGACAGCAGGUCGCCUGUCAUGAUGACCGGCCAAAUAUUUUUUAGCCUGGACAAACCCCAAUUUUGGCCAGUCAAAUAAAUGAAUAAUAUAUUUUUAUUUGCCCAUGGAAUAUCGAAUUACGCUGGCAAGUGAUUGUUGUACUGCUUUGACGUUAAGGUUUUUGGUAGCAAGUUGGUGAAAAAUUCCUUCACAUGUUGUUGAGUUCCUUUCCAGGAUUUUCGCCUGUUUUCAUGUCCGUUUAUAUAUACCUUGAGUAUCAUUGUAUGGCAGUGGCUGAAGUCUCCAAGGUUCGUCCUAUAUCUGCAUAUCGGUGAAACUUGAUCCUUUUCGUUGUGCGGCGCGUGAUCAAAAGUCUCGUCCACAACGAAGAAACGUCACUAAAUAUUUCCUGCAAAGAAGUUGAUUUGGCAAGAAAUUUGUUCCAUAAACAGCGUAUUUGUCAUAAAUAUACAGCAGAGUUUUCGUUUGGGUCAUGGCGCAACACUUUAUCACAAAGGGCUUAUUAGCGUCAACAGAAAUUUGGAUAACGCUGUUUACAAGAAGGAGGAUUUUAAGCGCCAAGAUAGGUGACGUUUGUUCUCAAUUAGCUUUAUAGUUUUUAUUAGAGAAUUCUGGAAUCGGGUCCGCAAACGAGAUUCAUGUUCGACAUAAAGAAAUUAUUAUAAUUAUUAAUCGAUGCACUGAAAUUUAUUCCUGGAGAAACACUACAGGACGAGCAAUCGAUUAGCCCGAAUUCCGUCGAAGGUGAUUUUCACAAUCCUCUUACAAGUAGAUGUGAAACGUUUGAUGAAAAAAACUGUUAGCUAUCCUUAGUUUUCCAACAAAUAAUAGAUUAUCGUUAGUGUAUGUUUUCCCAAAGAAGGUCACAUUACUGAUCACAGCAAGGCAGAAUGCACAGUACCGACCUGCUGCAUCGUUGCAUUACUCCACAACUCAGUUUGUUGUUGUUUCGCUUUGUUGCGUUUCAUCAUGACAUGAAAUUUAUUACGGCAUUCUUUUUCUUUAAAGGGUUUAGUGCAAAGCAGCAAAAAAAGCCAAAGAAAAAAGAAAUCAUUACAGCGUUAUAGAGCAAAAUGCAUUAAGCAUCAACUGUAUGGAAAAUAUUAUAAAAUGUUCGCAUCCAAAAAUGACCAGCAAGAAGAGAGUUUGACCGGUCAAGCCCACGAUCAGGCUGGACGUUGUCCAUUAACUGGCCGUUAUUUUGAGCCCUGUUCUGUUUUGAAUGGUUUCAAUUUUUAUUUUUGAUGGUGUGACAGUGACAACAGAGAACAAUACUGAAAUUAUGAAUAGAUGAAAACCAUAUACUUUUUAUGUGAACUGCAGAGAAGAAUAUUAUUACAUGUAUUUGAAGGAAGAUCAUUGCAGUUAUAUACGCAACAUAUACUGUAAGACUAGUCUUGCACAAGUAGCAUUUUAUAUGAGUCAGGAACUGUACCUUACAAGCAUGUAAGAUUUGCCUUUUAUCGAAUCAAAAAGACCUUUUUUUACCAUUUACUCUUAAAGUCAAUGUCUUAUUUUUUCUGGUGUAAAUGACCCUACUGUGUAAGCUGAUUGUGAGGUGAAUGAAGGUUAUGUUUUGCACCCAAAUGUAGUUCACAGCUGAGAUAAUGUUCAGAAAUAAGUCCUUAAACAUAACCAGCCAGGCACAUAAUUUACACCUAAAAUAGUAAUUCUGUACUUGACCACUGGUUGAUUAUAUGAGUGAGCCGUAUACGUUAGUCUUCUAAUAAUCUUAGUCUUGGCGGCUUGGGUUUUUUUCCAGCUACAGUACUGUGAGGAUGACCUGCUUCAGUCAAACCCCACUUUAUAUACACCCACUUAAUACGGACACCUUGUUAUUAUGGACAGUCUUUCUUGUCCCCAGCCCUCACAUUAUUUAAAUUUAAUAUGUAAACAUUCUAUGGCCCCUCUUAGAUUCUGUAUUAACCCUUUACACCCUAAGAUCAAAAUUUGUUUCACAAAGCAUUGAUAUUACAAGGAGAAAUUUGAUGCUUAUCACUCUUAGGGCUUAAAGGGUUAAGGGGGUUUGAGUGUACUUUCAUAGAAGACAAAAGGAAGAUAGAACCAAAAGAGUUUCUUAGCUGUUCAAUUCCCCACCUACUGAUCCCAAACACCCAGCAACUUUUUAAUACUAGUGACAGCCCUGUUUAUUGUUUUGCACUGAUAUAAUCAUUGCAAUGGUUCUUAGUUCUCCACUGGAAAAUUGUGAGAAUCAAAGGUUGUGCUUGAGGAAGCCAUGAUGAAAUGUUAGGGCAGGGGAAAAGAGCUUCUCCUGACCUUAUGGUUAUCUCUUAUCCAUAAGAUUUCCAACUUCAGAUUUAGGAGCUAGAUUUUGACAAAUAUGUAUUCCUGAUAAUAAUGUUUUUCUUGUUUGUGGUUAUUCUAGUUGAAGACGACUCCAGCCGCACCACCACCAGCUCCAAGACAACCGGCAGCAUCACCUUCUGCAUCGCAGCCUGCAGUUCUUCAGACUAAAGAGGAACCACCCCCUUAUGUGGUGUGUGCUUGUAUUUAACCCUCUUGUGAUGUAAUAGCAAAUUAAUAGCAAUCUUAUUAUCAAUAUGAUCAAUAGACUGAUUGCAAAUGUGAUGACAUAUGCACGAAAGCGAGGCCUUUUGGUGGCAACGGUUGCUUAGGGUCAAUUUUCCUUUUUGCUGUAAGAAAGUUUGUUGUUUUCAUUUUCUCGAAGUGUUUCUAUCAAAGAUCUCUUGAGAAAUUACCUAAUUGUGGACAAAAUUUAUUUGAGUGAUCUUUUCUUAAAACUGUAGGUGUUAUAUCUAGGUCAGUGCUUUGUCACUGCUCAGUGCAAGCAGCCUUUAUUAUGCCUAUAUUUUCCUUGCGUAGAAUAGAAGUCAGUGACAUGAAGACCAAAUUGAUUGCUCCAUAAAACACUCUACAGUCACUAGGCAGAUGGGAAAGCUUACUCAAAAUGAACAACCCAAAAGAAAACUGCUUGAAAACUUUCUUAAACAGUUCAUAACGAGAGGGUCAAGAGUUCAGAAACAUUGCCUGCACAGUUUAUGUUAAAACGGCUCAUGCAAAAGCAAGGUUCAGUCUUGGAAGUUCUAAAGUACGCUAAAAAAUAGCUUAACUCUUCUGGUACAUUUUUAAUUAUAACAGUUCAUUAUGCAGAAAACUAAACAAAGUUUCCUAGAUAUAUUAAGUUCAAUUGUGGAGUGAAAAGAAUUAACCCGCUCCUUGCCCAAAAUAUGACUUGGAAAGAAAAGGAAAGCAAAACAACAACAACAACAAAACCUUGAUAGCCCAUUUCUAUGCCGCAAUAGGCCUUUUUUACUUUUAAUCGCAGACCACUCACCUUGUGUUAUUUUUUCGAUUCAACCAGUGCUGAAUGCGGUCCUGAGACAAAUAGUUUCUGAUGAUAUUUAAGUUCAUAUUGAAGAUUACCUUCAGUUGUGUUAGCUUGCGUUUGACAGCUGGUUUGAUGCUUUGAGGUUGAAAGAAAGGUGGGCCAAGAAUGAUACGAAAAGAAAAUAGCAAUGCACCUUUAAGGGCUGUCCUAUAAUACUUAAGAAUUCACAAGAGCUUUUUGGCUUUGACAAUCUGAUGUUGUAAGUCAAUUAAUAAGGAGGUCCGAUAGAACAUGAUUCUUAUCAGAAGAGAAAGUCUCUUUGCAGUAACGGUGUGGAGAAGGAUAACAAAGCUAUUCCUUGAGUCGAUGAUACAUAAUCAGUUAAAAAGCAGUUCUGUAUGAGCGGCUUUCACACCUGUUUGAUGACUAUUCUGUCCUAAUGCUUCACACCUGCUGUGUCGAAGUGCACUCCAUACAUGAAAAGUAAGGGCAUAAAAAGGGCUGCCUUAAACCAAACUGUAUCGUAACCCUGACCUAAAUAUCACUUUUAAACUGUAAAGGAAAGAUAUUUCAAGUAUAUUUUACCCACAAUUAGGUAAUUCCUUUACAGAAGUUUAAAAGAAAUGCUUUGAGAAAAUGUAAACAACUUACUUUUUUGAAGCAGAAGGAAAGGAAGAAAGACCCUUAGCAACCAUUGCUACCUAUAAGCCUCGCUUUUGUGCUUACGUCUCCAUAUUUGCAAUCGGUCUAUGAUAGUAAAAAUUACAUAACAUAAGAAUAUAUCGUUUGGGGGGCCUGAAAGGCAAUUUUCUUAUCUCAGGCGACAAACUCCUUAAUAAUUCCUAUCUGAAAAACGAAAUUAACAUUAUCUCCCCUAGAUGUUUGGUACCAAAAAAAAAGAGCCUUUUCCAUGACUUACAUUGUAUUUUUGUCAACACUUUUGCGCGCUAAGAGCAAAUUUAUGGUAAACUAUGAAUGGAAGGCAUCCCACCCCCUACCAUACUUACAAGUACCCCCUACUAUGGUUGCCCAUUUCUAUUGAUGAUAUUGCUGCCUACUUAAAUUUUUUCUUCUUCUGCUUUUAAAAUUUCUGGGAAAUUUUCUGGCCAGCAUUUAGGCAAAAAAGAGGCAAAACUUGCAUGAAGUACAAUAAACUGGUGAGUUUACCUAAUGUGCAUUAUUAUAACAUGCAAUAUUGUUAUAUUGUCAUUCUAUGUAAACUUUAUGUGCAGGUUGAAGAGGAGCAAGAAAACUUGAGAAAACGUCAGGAGGUAUGUAUACUGUAAUCAUGACAAACAUUGAAGAGGAAAAAGAUUUUGUGCAAAUUAGGCUAAUGGUAAUUGAUUCACUUUAACAAGAAAGUGCAGUUUACAAGUUUAGGCCAACAAGGACUUUUGAGUUGUCGCUUGUGAUCUUUGCAGUAAUUCCUUUUUCUAUAUGCUUCAGAAUAUGCAACAUUUUCUUGAGAUUGUCACAAAUGUAGGUAGCAAUGCAAAAUCGCAGAGUAUAUUGUUAGAGAAAUCUAGAUUUAACAAAGCGCCCACUGAAGCGUAGUGCACACUGUGUUGAGUAAGAUAACUUUUCUGGCCUAUAAAAAGAAAGGAAAGAAAAAGGAUUGCUUGAAAGGAAUGCUUAUUUGUUGUAUCAUUUCGUACAAAUAUGUGAUUAGUAAUAUAACAAUGUUUUUGCAUUAGGCUGAGUGAGAUAUGAAGAAUAUGCAGAUUGAGGAAAUUGAACAAUAGGGGGAAAAUAAUAUAAUUAUCUCCCCUAGAUUUCUGAGAUCUGCUUAAUUCUUUAGGUCAUACCUUUAGGUCUUAGCUGCCUCUUUGCAUGACAUCCAUGCCCAUUUUUUUCAGUCAAGUAAUUUACUAUUGUUGUUAGUGUUUACAAAAUGUAAAGGCUAGAAAAAACACAAGGUUGGCAUUGUGGUGAGAGCACUUGCCUCCCACUAAUGUGGCCCAGGGUUCAAAUCCUGGUGUCAACACCAGACAUUAAAUUUUGUGGGUUGAGUUUGUUGUUGGUUCUCUCCCUUGCUCUGAGAGGUUUUUCUCCUGGUACUCCGGUUUUCCCCUCUCUUCAAAAACCAACAUUUUCAAAUUCCAAUUCAACCAGGAAUAAGGCAGAUGAAGGAUCCUAUGUGGACGUGCUACCUCUAAAGGCUGGUUUUCACUAGCGACGGAGUCGGAGUCAGUGUCGUAAUCAGAAGCAUAGAGUUUAUGAUCUAGUGAAAACAGCAUUCCGAUUCCGCUUACGACUGUGUCGCUUACAUUCUGCUUUUGAUCUAGUGAAAACAAGAUUGUCGGAGUCAGAAGCAGAAGAGGAAGACCUAUACCAAUCACAAAGCGUGGGAAUGUGCACUGUGAUCAAGGUUUAUCCUUCUGCUUCUGCUUCGGACUCCAACAAUCUGGUUUUCACUAGAUCAUAAGCAGAAAGUAAGCGACAGAGUUGUAAGCGGAGUCUGAAGAAAUGGAAACAUUCUGAUUCUUCUGACUCCGAUUCCAUCGCACUUAUGACUCCGCUUACGACACCGAUUUUUUUUUUUCACUAGGUCAUAAGCACUCUUAAGGCUCCACUUACGACUCCAACUCUGACUCCGUUAGUAGUGAAAACCAGCCCUAAAUCAUUAUUUUAUUUAUUUAUUAUAUAUUAUUAGUGAAAUGGUAUACAGUAUUAUUGUAUCUUUAUUUUGUAGGAAUUAGAGCGCAAGGCAGCAGAGUUGCAGAGAAAAGAGCAGGAGUUACAGAGAAUGCAGUUUGGAGGUACUGAACAGUAGGGUUGGAGAAUAUUCUAUUUUCAUGUUCAUUUUGGCUGAUCGAAAACAUUGUCAUGCUUCUUACAGGUCUUUAAGGUCAGGGCACACCAGGUGAAAAGUUGCAGCAACCCACUGUGUCGACAGAUCACUCUGGCUUAUGUACAGGUUGCAUGAUGAGUUACAAGAACAUGUUGCAGUGACACAUCAAAGCGACAAAUCACUUUGUGUGUACAGGAGAAUUUUUGUAACAAUCUUUGUCUCUGCAACAAGUUGCAAAAAACAUAAUCAGACUGAAUCUGUGCAACUUUUUGCAGCGACAAAAUUCUGUUGUAGAGACAAAGAUUUUCAUAAAAAUUAUCCAGUACAUGCAAAGCGAUUUAUAGCUGCGAUGUGUCAUUGUGACAUGUUGUACAUGUCACCUAGUGUGUACUGACCUUUACCUGUCCAACUACCUGUUCUGUGCUACAUGAUUCUCGUAGUACAAAAAUCAGUGAAUAUUAAAGUGUUAAUGAUCUGUCCUGGAUGUAAGAUUUGAGUUACACAGUAUGUGUAAUAAGGCCUUAUGUGACUCCUGGGAGAAUAAUUAUAGCAUUUUAUCAGAAAUCAGUCAAUCCAGUCAGUCCUUGAAAUAAGCCUUUCACAACUAUCAGUAAUUUCGUGGGACACAAAAUUCACGGGAUUUGUGGUUGCGGUGCACAAUGCACCAAGGUUCGCAAUGGGCCUUUAAAUGUAAGGUUUAUCUAUAAACCAGGGACCAACAGGCACUACUAGAAGACAUCCUCGUUAAAACAACUUUUAAGUUAAUUAAUGUUUUCUAAAGGCUAAUUUUGUAUUACUUUUCCAUCACUCAAAGGUACCCAAUACUAAUUUUCAUCACAAUUUCAACAAUUUUUUCUUAAUUUCUUCUAGUAGCAUUACAAUAAAUGAAAUGAUAAAUUAAAUUAGAUCUUUACAUGUAUUAACCUUUAUAUUGCAGGUUACAGAGAAAACAACUUUCCACCUCUGCCAUCAAACUGCCCUUGCAAGCCAUGUUUUUUCCAUGAUAUUACCAUUGACAUCCCCAUUCAAUAUCAGAAGACGUGCAAAUUACUUUUCUACAGAUGGCAAGGUAGGGCUGGUCAUGAUCAAAACAUGAAUUGUUUCUUUUUUGUUUCUUUCUUCCGUAGAAAUAUGCCAUUGAUUGUAGAAUUUUGUGGUAGAAGAAAAAGAAUGAAAGCAGGUUUUAUGUCAGCCACUGGCUAUUGGUGUGAUUCAGCACCUGUGCAUAUUUAACCUACAUCGUUAGGGCAGAGAAUGAUGUCAUGUUUUUGAGCUGCUCCUUUUUUCAAGGAGUACAAAGAAAAACUGGGUUUUUUCGAGAGGCUCUUAACCCGGCAGGGCUCGAAAAAAUAGAGAAGCAGCUCUCACAGUUUACUUGCCUGGGCCCACUUCUUACUCGUCUUAGUUAAUGAUUUUGUUGGAGGGUGACUUGCCUGGAUCUUUGCCCUUGGGCAGCAAGUAAGCUUUAAAAGUUACUUACCCAGCAAGAAAGUCUACUUGUCCGGGAUUACUAGACUUUUUUGAGUCCUACCUAGCAGCAGAAAAUAUAACGGAGGGAGUGAAGUUACUACUUACUUAAAAAACAUCACCACUGGACAAAAAUUAAGUUUAAACCCUGCCCCUGAUUAGAAUGCCAACUCCCCCUUGUCACCCUGCCUUGUUUGCAUCAUUCCUGUCUUAUCAGGGUUCCAAGUAAAAGUCAACCAUCCCAUAUGUACAUUAUUCUUUACGAUAGACUAUUAGUAAUACUUCAAUCUUUGUCUUGGUGGCUUGUAUGAUUGUCAUGUGUUUAUUUUCUUUUUUAUUAAAAUGCUUUUGUCAAACUUUUAAAUGUAAACCUAGAAAGGUGCCUUAUACUUUGCUUUGAAUUGGCAUUCAUUUGGAAUUUGAAGGCUAAAAACUACAAAAAAAACCUCUGCUUUUGGCAGUAUUUACUUUGAAGUAUAGUCAUUCAAGGAGAAUGUUUUGACCAGAUCUCCGAGGUAAAUCUUUAAAUUGAAUAUAGAAACUACUUCUGAUCAGAUGACCCCAGAUUUGUGUAUUAAAUCCUGUAAAAUACAACCCAGUAAAGAUCUUCACCCGGCAGUUUCCAUUAAACCUUUUUGAUACCAUCCAAAUUGUUUUAAUGUUGAAAUGACCAUAAAUGAUCUGAUAGACUCCCUCUCUGAAGUAAAUGCCUUUUGUCUAAUAAGUGCCUCCCUUACACUAACUUUUGAGUUUGUAUUAGAACACCCCCUAUCUAAUGGACGCCCCCCAGUCAGUUUCUUGCCUGAUUAACAAAGGCUACACAUUCACAUCUUGUCCAAUGUUUGAAAAGUUCAAAGAUAAAUAGGGUAACAGUGACAGUUCUCACAAUGAUCCUGAAUGAGGAUUCUGACGUUAAGGUUGAAAUUUGAAGAGCAACGUAGAUCUCUAGACGGCCUAGAAGUAUUAAUAAAUAGACUGGUUAUUUUGCUAUCGAUAAACUAUAUUGAUUUUUUUCCCGAAAACAUAUUGGUUGUGUUGAACUUUCUACAAAUAUGAAAUAAAUGCCUCCUAUCUAUUAAACGCGCUCUCUUGGACCCCUAAAAUGAAAUAAACAUCCCAGGCUUCUAUUAGGUUGGUAUGUAUCUUGUAUCUUGCCGCUGUUACUGUUGUAAAAAAGUAGGUGAGUUUUUUGUUUUUCUUUCAGUCUACUCUUUCACAAUGUUCUAUAACUUCCUUGCCGCCUUUGCCAUGCUUGUUGAUGAUGCUGAGCCACUUCAUGAAGGCGCAACAUUUGGACUCUCGAUACUGUACUUAGUUGUAAAUGUACCUGCGUCAUUUUUGGGGUGGUACAGGCCUGCUUAUAAUGGUCUAAAGUAAGUAAGGAUAAGAAUCACAAAAGUUUAAGUCAGCAAAGUGUCAGCUUGAAUGUUUCAUGAAAUAUAUUUUUUUUAAAAAUAUUGCUGGUAAUUUUGUGCCUGUUGCAAGGGUAAAUUAGUCUACAACGACAGGUAACCCAAGUUCGAAAUAUGACCAUCAGCCUUGUUACAUAAGGUUAAAAAUAUAAGGAUUUGUAUGGUGAAAAAAAUAAUUAUUAUUAUAAUUACAAUUAUUGUUACUGUAACCUAUGAUUGUGAAAGUAUUGAAAUAAAAAUGGCUAACCUCAGCGGCAUGUGUUUCUUUUUUCCUGUGUGGUUUCUGGGUUGAUUCAUGGCCAUUUUAUGCAUGUUAAUUCAGCUGGUUUGUUCUCUCAAUAAUCUCAAUUAAAACACAUAAAAUGGCCAUAAAUAGACUUGGGAACCACCGAGGAAAGAAGAAACACACAAAUUAAGUGAGGUUAACUGAGUUUUUGUUUUACUUUCAUUCUUAGGUUACAGAAACAGUUGUUUUUUACCAUGCAAAUCCUUAUACAUGUAUUUCAAACGUUGUGCAGCAACACCGAUGUUCAUGCUUUAAGCCUUGCCACCUGUGUUGAAACCAACAGCAAACAGCGGUAUUAGCUGAUAGCAGGUGGCCACUGUUGUUAUAUACUUAAGGUUUUUUUUCUGUUUGGUUAAGUUUUACUAACAAUUCCAUGGCCCUUUUCUGAUGCAUUCAGGCUGGGAUAAUUUAUAAGCUGACUUAAACUUUUUUAUGAUUACUGGCUCUCUUAGCUUCCCUAUCCAUUUCCUUUUUGUUGCAGUUUACUGUUUUGUUCUGUUCUUUAACUUCCUUGCUGCAAUGGCCCUACUGAUCAAGGGACCUGGUGACUCAAAACUGGAUACUGGUGCAACUUUUGGCCUGUCAGCCUUAUACUUAAUAGCUAAUGUCCCCUUAUCCUUCAUUGGCUGGUACAGGCCAUGCUAUCGUGCUUUCAAGUAAGUUUUUUGUUUUACACCUGCAUGAAGGACUGGAAAUGUAGGCCAUUUUGCAAACUGGCCGCAUAUUUCUCACCUUGGAACUUUUACAGAGGACCCAGUCUGCAAAUUUGGUAUCACACUGAUUCCACAACCAUAUAAUGAAUGAAGAACAUUCAAUUUAGGUUUCUAGGAAACUGCCCACCCACCCCUCCCCUAAGGGACUUGUCAGAAAUUAGUAGGGGGGGGGGGUGGGAAUUUGAAAUGGGGGUUCGGAAAUGAGGUGACCCAUUCCUGCAAUGGGAGUGAAAUUUCCUAACCCUCCCCUUGAGCUUGGCCUAAAAUAUCAUGACCCUCCCCCUAUUGUAUAAAUGAGAAAAUCUAGUUCUUGCAAUACACUAGGGUGAGUCAGUAUUGUGACAACUCAAAAUAUGUUUCUAAUCUGUUCUUUGUAAUGCAAUAGCUAUAUAAAUACAUUUUAGAUGACGGCAUUAAGAGUCCGACUCUGAUUCUGACAGCCGAUCACUUAACGGAAUAAAGAACUUCCUUUUUCUUUUGUGGGUGAACCUAUACAUGAUCAUGGGCAUAUAUUUGCAUGACCCUCCUCCUUUAAACGGCCCAUUUUUCAUGACCCCUCCCUUUUCUGCAGUCUCAAAAAGUUGUGACCCUCCCUCUGUUCCCCCCCUCACCCCUGCUAAUUUCUGACAAGUCCCUAAGCCAACAUUUUGCCCUAAGAGAGUAUUAAGUGAUAAUGUUGGCUUUGGGGAGGGGUAGGUGGGCAGUUUCCCAGAAACCUAAAUUGAUCCCAAAUUUGCAGUAAAAAUUAAACCCACCAUAUUCCCAUGCAGUGAUAUGAAAAGUAUCUUGGUGAAAUGAAAUCCCUUUAGAUCCGUAAGUUGUAGUCAGGUGUAAAUUAAACUGAAAUUUGGCUUAAUUAUUGCUUUUAAUUCACUUUUUCGUUGAUCAAAGAGAAAACCUUCCAACACCUUUACUGGAUGCUUGUCUUUGGUUAUAGUACAGCCUAAAAUCAAGUUGAUGACUGAUCCUCUUAUAAAUUCAUGAAGGAUUUGAAGACUUGAUUGGCGAUGAUUGAUUCUUGUGUUUGUUACAUGUUUCCUGUCAGAAUAACCAAACCGAAACAGCCUUUGUUAAAGUUUCAGUUAGUUGGAAUCAAGUGUUUUUUUCCUUUUUUUGUAUUUUUCAGGAAUGACAGCUCCUUUAGCUACGUGAUUUUCUUCCUAAUCUUUUUUCUGCACAUAGGAAUAAAUAUUUUUUACUGUCUUGGAGUUCCUGGUUCAGGAGCAUGGUAAGUUCUGAGCAUACUUAAAAAAUCCUUAUAGAUUACCCUUGUCCUUUUCAACACAACACACAGGAACUUUUAAUAUUAUAUCCCAUUAAAAUUUAAUCUCCGAUUAGCUAAUCAGCCUUCGCACAACUGAGCCCAAGGCAUUUCCUCUAUUUAUUAUCAUUCAAUCAUGGGUAUUAUCUUCUGUAAAUAGUUGUUAAGUCAAGGGCAUACGUCUGUGGUUAGUCAGCAGUAUUAAUUACCGAUUAUUGAUUAUCAUUUAAUCAUCCCCAGGUGACCUGGCCGUCAAUGAUAAGCCAAUCAACAUUGAGCCAAAAUUAUUUUUAAAGCUGGACAGAAUUCUUUCUGUGCCUAGACCGUACAAACCAGCAGCUUUGAUGGAUUGUCAGAAAUGCUACUGUUUUCAGUUAGAAAUAUUCACAGUCGUCCAUUCAUAUAAGUACUUCUCAUCUUUCUGAUACCAUCUAGAGUUCUACAUGUAGCACGACGUUGGAAACAAUCCCAAAAUUCAUGAUAAAUUUAGCACUCUAACUACCCGCUACCACCAUGAAAGACAAAAAUGAAACUGAUGGCUACAGGCCCCUUGUGUCAUCUGGGCUUCGUAUUCUUCUGUUCAAAAGCAUUUUCACGGAUACGUUUCUCGUUUCUUUAUAGAGCAUCAACUCAUUACAUUGCAGGCGAAAAGAGUAACUUUCAAGCUUUCAUUUCUGAAUUGAAAUUUAGCGCUAACCCUGGGUUGUCUUAACCCUGCUUUGAACAACCCGGCCUUGGACUGUAUUAUUAUACACACGAGAUUUACUUUAUAUAUUGUUUGUUUGUUUUCUUUUUUCAGUGGUUUUAUCAAUGCAACUGUGACAAUACACAACAGUGUACCAGUUGGAGCCAUGAUGUUUGUGGCCGGGGGAAUGUUCUUGAUUGGUGUGAUCGUAGAUAUUUUUCUUCUUUUAAAGGUUUGUCUUCUAUAUAAUCGUGCCAGCUAAUUGUAGCUAGCUAACAAGUAUCAUAUGAUAAAUCAAUCUGAUUGCUGGAGAUAUGUUUGUAAAGGCGGGGUUUGAACCCUGGUUUGACAUGUCAUAACGUUGUAUACAAUUACAAGAUGAUCUUCACAGCUUGGAAAAAUGGGAAUCCGACUGGUGAAUGGAAUUUAAAAAUUAUACGGGUAACACGCAAACAUACACCUUUCAUAUUUCAUUAAAAACUUCAUGGCAAGGUCCUGGAAACUGUUGAUACUACUAAAGAUUUAGGGAUCAACCUCUCUCACGUGAUUUACGCUGGAAUGAUCAUGUAAUUGAAAUUACCACCAAAGCAAACAAGACUCUGAACUUUUCUACGCCACAAUCUCCGCACUUGUUUGGCCAAAUCCAAAGAACGAGCAUACAAAGCCCUUGUUAGACCGAUUGUUGAAUACAGUGCCGAUGUCUGGGAGGCGAACUAUCACUCGCCACACAAUCAAGCUGUACCCUUGCGUAGCUAAGAACAUACAACAGGUCGAAAUGAUUCAACGCCGAGCAGCUCGCUGGGUACUCGGGCGCUACGACAGAUUAGACAGUGUCACUGAUAUGUUAUCUUCUCUCAAAUGGAGAUCCCUGGUGCUCAGGCGAUCUCACGCACGUCUCUGUCUGCUGUACAAACAGUGUAAUGGAUUAGCCUCUUACGAUUGCGACAAGCUUCAGAGAGAACAUAAGAGCAGAAUGGACACCAGGCUCUCGUCUCUCAGUCAUCGAUUUGAGUAGCUACGUUGUACAUGUGAUUAUUAAAAGAACUCUAUUUACCCUAGGAGUUCACAGUGGAACAAUCUCUCACCAGAAAUUAUAGCAUCUACUUUGCCAUGUUCAUUUAGGCAAUCCCUGUGUAAUCUUACAUAUUGAUUAGUAAUUUUCUGCAAUACUCUCUUAAGAGUGAAGACUUAAUUGGUAAAUAAUAACAUCCUGAAGUAAAAUAUUUAUUGAUGUUGACAGGUACACAGGAUAUACCGCAUGGCGGGUGCAAGCUUUGAGAAAGCUCAGGGAGAGUUUGCACGGGGAGUGGCCAGCAACCCGCAUGUGCAGAAUGCAGCCACAGAAGUAGCGGCAGCUGGGGUGCGCAGUGCUAUCUCCGGUGAUAACAGGAAGUGAUCAACAGGUUUAAGAGGACAUUAUUAUCACAUAUUUAUGGACAAACUGAGGCUGAGAAGCUGUUCAUAGACGUAUCUGGAUUCCGAAAAUAUAGAGACUCCAUUUGGUAGUGGUAUUAAGUUGAUCAAUGCAACUUUAAACCUGAAUCUUGGUUGCAUUUUUUUUUUUUGAAAUAUCAGGUUUCUUCAUUAAUCAGGGCUCAAAAAAGCCCGAUACACCUGGUAUUCUUGGACAAAACACUGUCAUUUUUCUUGCUGGGCGAGUAUUUUUUUAAAGCUUAUGUGCCCAAUGAGCAAGAAUCCAGGCAAGUCAUCUUGUAACUGAAUCGUUCAGCAAUGGAUCUGUGCAAGCAAAGUGUGAGAGCUGUUGCCCAAAAGACAAGGUGGAAUUCGUCACUUUCGAAACGAGAAGGGAACUGGACUCCGUUUCUCGAAAGGCGGGGAAAGGUGUUUUAUGUUUGCCGUGUUUGCAUCCAAGAUUCAAGUUUCAAUAAUUCUGAUAAUGAUACAAUGAAGCUAUCAGUUAACGAAGCAAAAUUGACUGGUUUGUGAGCUAGGAACUGUGCUACUUUUACAAAGGUUUUGAUUUUAAAUUUGCUUUCGGGCCCGAAAAGUUUCCGGGCUUUUCGAGAAACAGGUCCCUGGGGCCGAGUUAACUUUCGCAAAGACUUCUGGGACUGUUACUGGAGACAGGGAAAGAGUUGGCCAAUGGCUGACCAGCGCGUCCCCAGUAACGAUCCCUGAAACAAUUUCAUGACGCAUUUCGGCUCCAUUUCCCUUCUGUUCUCGGCGAAUUGCUUUUUUAUGAGCCCUGCCUAAGUAAUGAAUUUUUCAAAGUUUCUCAUUCUUAAGACUUGCUGUCUUUACAGAGGAGUAAUUUGAGGAGUUGUUAGCUUUUUUGCCAGUCGUUUUCAGAAAAUUCUGAAUGUAAUGUUUAGUGCGGCCAAUUCCAGCUAUCCACAGUUUUGAAUUAGUAGAAGCAUAUAUUGAUAUUAUAGAAUUAAUUUAAGAGCCACUUAGUACAAGGAGAGCCAACCAGAGUUACUCUGUGACAUUUUAAAGGUGUGUUAUUUUUUUAUACGUCAUUGUGGUGAAAUGUCGCGCAGACCUGUAAAGAAUUAAAUUGCUUGUAAACAUAGUACUGAGGUGGUGUAACCUACAACCGACCAAACGUGGAAAAUUGUAAAAUUAAUCUUAUUUGUUGAAAGAUAUGGAGUAAACAGUGCAGACUUACCAAACGUACGCUGAGUUUAUGGUUUUAGAAGGUUUUUUUCUUCUCAAAAUCGGUUUAGCGUGGCGUAAAAAUAGUUUGAGUCUCACGCGCGCGAAAAAUACAAUGACUGAAAUUAAAAUACAAUGACUGCCACCACAGCUAGGCAGGCUAUCC